AUGAUUCUUCCAAUGGAAAUUUUGGAACGAAUAGUCGUUAACGGUCUCGAUAGUGUUGAGACGGCCAGAGCUUGGUCCAAGCUCUCACCGAGUUUCCAAACGCAAGUUACAAAACAUUUGGGCAUUCUGGUAAUUUCAGACUGUGCCAUAACUGAUGAAUUGGACCCCAAGAGGUCUUUUGCAGAAAGUAAACUUUUGGAGUAUAUGUCUCUCAGCGGAGUAGAGAAUACGCUCAGUAUGAACAUUGAGCGGUUUGACAAAACUCAGCUGCGAGAGUUUCUUCAAAAAUAUCAAAAUUUCAUGUUUGUCGUUGUCACAGACGAACACUUUAGCGAACGAGUUUGGACUUGUCUGUCCUGUGUUAUAGAACAGAUUGCAAGCAUAGACGCAGCACAUUGCAAAAAUAUAUCCAUGAUUUACAAAACUGGCCGCAACUACCUCAGCAAAAUUAAUUUCCGUGGGCUUUUGCGAUACCCUUGGCUUAUUCGUCUUUGUGAGCUUCACCUCUUGAGUGGCUCCGAUUUGGCGGAGCAUGACAAUAUCGACCUAGAUCUCGUUUUCGAGACGACAAACUUGUACAACGUGAAACGAUUGUUGAGCCUGACAGUCCAGGACCCAUCGCAUGUAUUGAGAGCGCCAAACCUUGUGUCGAUACGUGAUUUGGAACUUUCCAGAAACGUCAAUCCUGUGAAAGCAUUAGCAUAUGCGCCGCUUUUAUCUCGCAUUCAGAACUUUCGCAUCCCAACAGAUAUGGACCCUCAAUUGCACUACCGUCUGCCAGCGUGUGACGAAUUGGGUCUCGUAAACUAUAGCUCUACAUCCGUUUCUCCAUAUUUGGAUGGACGAGGUGUCCGUGAACAUCUAAAGAUAAUAACGUCGGUAAGAAAUGAGAGUGGAGUUUUGCGGAAUAUGAACUUUUCAAGAGUGAAAAAACUAUCUGUAUCGACAUUGAACUCUUCAGUAGGUGAAGUGGAAUUUCAAAAUUGCGACUUUUCGCAGUUACGAUUUUACGAUGGAUCUCAGGCUUCCGGGCCAACCAAAUGGAGGACCCUUCGUGCCUCAAAUGCUAAGAUAGACUCGGUCAGAAUAUCCCUAAAUUCCUGCGACGAUCUUUUAGCUUUCAUGAGUUGCCCCUUCGAACUUAGUGGAACAGUGGAGUUAACAUCGAAAUCCAAGGGCACAAAUACUGCAUCGGCAGCUUGCGAGCUUUCCACAGUCGAACGUCGGACUCAUUUGACAACUUUACUGGCUAAUUGCUCACGUAUCGUAAUGAAUUUGAACAGUGUCUGGCAAUGUGUUAUCCUGCACCACAUAGUUAAGCCCCAUAUGCCUGCAACUGCGCUGAUAUGUCUCGAUAUCAACUUUGAAGCCCUGCAAGACGACAUUCGUCAUUGUUGCGAAGAGCUUGGCAAAUCCCGAAGUGAGCUUUUCUGUUUGGUCCAUCUACCUUCUGAAGAUGGAAUUAUUCAAGUCCAAGUUCCACAGGCCAAGCGUGCCACCAUACUUGACGCCACCCCAAAUUCUGUAAAAAGCAAGACAUUUUCGUUUGCGGAGCGGGCUUUAGGGAUUGAUGAAAUGAAUUCCAACACAACGAUUCAUACCAGUGUCAGCCAACUACAAGAUCCCGUAUCCCCCACGGAAUUCCGCAGAAAUAGUUUGGCGGGCAGCGACAGCGAGACUGCUCGACGUCACAGUAUAGUGCACAUCGGCGUACCUCCAUACCUGCAUGCGCAAGCGGAAAGUGCCAGGAGCUCGAUUUCUGGCGAUGACCAACUGUUGCCGCCAUCACUUCAUCAAAAUGAUUCGAAUGAAUGGUGGCGCGAGCUGCUUACUUUGACGCAUGUCCGAGGCACACCUCUAAAUUUGGAAAUAACAGAAGACAUCUUGAACUACUGCACCGCAGAGGAAGGUCACCUCUUUGAAGCUGCAACUGUGAGAGUAAUUUCAAAACGAACCAUUGGAAAUGGGAGAUCAGGGGAGAACAAUGACUUUGCAACUUCAAGUGUGAUUUUUGAAGCACUUCAAAAACUUCGAGAUUUGGGAUUCAAGCAUCCCAACGCGGCUUCUUUUGAGUAUUUCGUGCCAAUAGCAAGGGGCGGAGACAGUAGAAGGCUACGGCAGGAAACGAAGGACAAGAUCAGUCAUUUGGUAUACGUAGAGAGCGGAAAACACUGUGAAACUAUUGAUGCUAUUUUAGAUAAUGAGUCGUGCGUCUUGCUCAGGAGCUUCCUGGGAGAAAAUAAGGCAUAA